AUGAGUAACUGUGAAGUGGACUCAAGAACACACUCACUGGACUCAUGUAGAAACCCUAACGACAAUCUAAUUCCAGAAUCAGACUUUUGCUACGCAGAAGGAGAUAGCUUAGAAGGAGGACCAUGCGGAGAGUGGCUCGUGUUUCAAGUGCAUUUGAGAAACAAAUGCUGGCCUGGAACACUUCGUCUACACCUUAAAACGUGCGAUGAUUUUUGCUUCAGAGCAACAGUACAUGUGGGAGGUUUAAAAGAUGAAAGAGACCAAAGAAGAUCAGCUCCUUCGUGCGUAAAUGAUAGAUUGAUGAACAAUUUCUACGGAGAAUCAAUUUAUAAGAACUUCGAGUGGGACGUAUGCGUAUCAGACGAAAAUACAUAUAACGUAAGAUACAAGGUGUCGAUGAAGGGAAUGUUUCUGCUUUAUGUGAGACUUGAUGGGAACGAUAUCGCAGGGUCUCCAUUUAACAUUUUCAUCUCAGAUGGUAAAACAUGCCCACAAUCAACCAGAGUCCAAAACAUCAAUAAUUUAAAAUGCAGAGCAAUGCCAUACAUAAAGAGCAUAGUGGAAGUGAUUGAUGACGAAAGGUGGGAUUACGAGUGUAAAAACCAGGUUUCAGAAGAUUAUCAAAGGAGAAGACUAUAUAGUGUGGAAAAAUUGAGACAAUAUUCACUUGUUAAUGAGUUAACAUUGAAUGCAUGUGACAAGGUUGGGAACAUAAUCAAAUACAAAACUCCGUACGUAAAAGCCUGGUGCACAAAUUUUGGGAAGGUAAUUGAGGUAAAACAUUUGGGUAACGGAGUUAUAUCAAUAAAGUACGUGGUAAUAGUUCAGAAAGAAGAUUUAGAUAAAGUAAAAACUUUCUACUCGAGCAAGAACGAAACCGUCCUCCCAUCAUAUUUACGUAAUCUAGGAACGCCAUGUACCUUAAAUGUUCAACUUGACGGAGAAACUAUAUACGGGAGUCCUUUUGUACCAGAAAUAACAAACGUAAGCGAAUUAGAGGAAUACUAUGCCAGCUUCCCAGAAACACUGAACUCUCUUUCAUUAAGCUUGAAUCACAUGUUAAGCGAGGAUAAUUUAGAAGGGUGUUCCCAGGCAAUAUUUAACUUUUUCCACGCCAACAAGGAUAUGGAAGAAAGUGACAAAUCAAAGGCAGUUGAACUAAUAUCCAAACUAGUUGAUGACAAAUCUAAGCAUAUUAAAAGGAAUAACUUUUUGAUGGAAAGCCAAAUGUAUAAAAUUAACCACGUGAAGACUUAUGCGCUCGGACAGCUCCACCAAUUUAUGGAUAGUCAGUACCAGAAGAUGGUGAAAGCGAAAACUAGUAGUAUUAUAGAGUGCAUAAAGGAGCUGAAUAGCUAUAACACAUCUGUGAAUGGUGAGACUAAGGGGUUCAAGAAUUUGGCCGACGUCAUCUUCAACUACACCAGAAUAGGGGAUGAGUUGAGGAAACUACACAGAUAUGAUUUGGCGGACAAAUUUGACUCCAUAAGUGAUAGAAUAUGUGAAGAGAUAGAACUUAACAGGUGGGAGAACCUUCUUCAUGAUAAAAAGAAGAAACUUAUAAAAAUUAGGGAACAAGUUGAUGAAUCGGUUAAGAAGCUUCAAGAUUUUAAGAAGAAAGUACACGAAAAAUACGAUAAUCUGGAAUUCAAACCAAUAAAAAAAAUGCAAAUAGAUAAAGAGGUCCAGACUAUUCAGCAAGAAACAGUAACUGCAAGGCUCUUGCCACUUGUUAAGAAUAGGUGUAUUCCUGAAGAUCCGAAGACUGAAGUGGAUAAAGUAGUAGAGACUUUCUGGAGGAGGUGUAGCAACUACGAUAUUCAUUCAGGUAUAACUAAAGUUCUGAAGUCAAGCAUAAGACUCAAAAACGCCUUAAACGAAAUAUUCUUCUACUAUAGCAACAAAUACAACACUAAAGACAAUAUGAUACAGUAUGCAAUUCCAAGUAAUUCUAUGUACCUCUUCCAUAUGGACUCGUCAAUCAGCAAGACUCUACUUAACAACAAAAGAAAGUUAGAGGAAAUGUUCGAUAAAUUUUCGGUUAUGAUCUCUGGAAAACGUGUUCUUCCAGAAAACAUGUGGUGUGUGUACCUUAGAGAAUUGGCCUAUAUGAACUUGUUAUACAAGAUAGCAGAAUCGGGAGAUGUUAAUCUCUUAAGAGAUAAUCUCCACCCUUCAAGACUUUCCGCUUUCCACCACUUUUGUCAAUUCCACAUCUUAAAUUUGUACGAAAAGUUGUUUACUACACGACCUGAAUUCCAAAAAUCUCUAAAGUUCUACAAUACUAAGAAGCUACUAAGAUCAAGCCUUAAUUUCAAAUAUGAAAAAGAGUCUGCCCAAAUGCACUACUUCCCAACUGAAACUGACAUGGCUAACUACAUAACUACAGAGAUUCCAAACAAAGUUGGAAACAGCCUAAAUGAGAAUAUCCUACAUCUCAUUUUCAAGCACUAUAGCAGACUCUCGAUGUUUGGGAAGCAGAAACAGGACCCCAAGUCGUACAAGUGCAAUGAUGACUCUUGGCUUUCCACUGCAAUGUUCGUAGUUUUCUCAAGAGAUUUCGGAAUAGUGCCUGGAUAUAUGGACGGUUCAUCAGUUCAGAAAAUCGCAGAUGAUACCAUUUUAGCAAAUAUUGAGCAAAACACGUAUCAAUCAACCACAUUCAGGGGAAGACUCUUUUAUAAAGACUUUGUGGAUGCGCUAGUCAACAUAAUUUCCAACUCCAUUUAUAAAAUAUGCUUAAACAGGCAUGAAAUGUACACAAAACAUCUAAAAGAUAACUCAAUCCUGAAUAUUACCAAGAAGAAUAAGUUCCAUGAAACAAGGAACUGUAUCCAAACUCAAGAAUCGGUUUUAGAGGAGGUUAAUGAGGUUUUACAGAUUCUAGGAUUAAACAAUCCUCUACACAUUGACUUAACGAUUGAGGCUAUAUAUGGUUCUGAGGCUUUGGAAUUUUUACACUAA